CCCACGACAACCUACCCUCAAUCUACCAUACCUAAGUCACGCCAAAGCUGUCACGCUGCUUAGUAGCACACGUCCCAUCCCACCUCAGACAUGUCCGACUCCGCCAUAGAAAACCCCCUCCCUUUAACAGCGCCCGGCGAGUCCAAAUCCGCACGCAAGAAGAAGGCCAAGGCAGAGACCGGUGCUACCACCAACGGCACUACUAAUCACGUGCAAAGCCCAGCUGUACCAGACACAAACGUGAAAGAGGCUUCGGAUCCUGCAGGCGACCUGACCAAUGGCAGCUAUGAGCACCCUCACAUUCGAGAGCUGCAAAAGCAGAUACGAAAUACCAACAAACGCCUGGCCGGACUGCAGAAGACCGACACCGUUAUCAGCGAGAAUCCUGGCGUGUCGUUAGACGAGCUGGUAGCUCAGAAGAAGAUUAAUGCCGACCAAAAAGCCGCAGCGGGGAAGAAGCCGCAGCUGCAGGCUCAAGUGCAGUCGUUGGAAGAGCAGGUGAAAGUAUUCAGGCAGCUGGAUUCAGACUAUCAAUCUCGGAUGCAGAAGAUGAAGCUGGAGCUUACGUCCACUCACGAAAAGGAGCUCGAGAAAGCGAAGGAGGAGGCAAGGGUGCAGGCUCUGCAGUCGAGUGCUGGCGAGCUGCGUCAAAAAGUCUUGACCUUUACGCAGUUCUUGCGCACUGCAGCCGCUAAGCGUAACUCAGAGGAAGAGGCUGUCUCCGACGAGAAUAUGGCGUUUGAGGGCGCGUUGCUGCUCGUUUACGGUGGAGAUGAGAAGGCGGUGAAUACGGCCGUCAGCAUCAUUGACGGCACUGAUGAGCAGGUGCCCAACACCGAUGGCACACUGUUACCCAUCAAGUACUCCCAAAUCCGCCAAGCCUCCAUUGACCAUGCACCCUUCCAAACGGAAGAAGCCUGGGUCGACUCGGUCAAUGAAGCUCACAAGGACCUCGUUGAGGAGACUGGACCUGCCGCCAAGGAGACGGUGCCCUCUGGCUCUGACCCCACCAUCGCCCAUGCCGGCUUGACAGAGAUUGAGAAUGCUGCCGAACAGCCCAUUGGCGUUACGGCAGUACAUAGCGAAGACAUCAUCACUUCUCCAGUCCAAGUCUCUGCCGGCGACGAAGCUGGUAACGAGGCCGGCGACCGCUGGGACACCACUGCUGGCGCUGCUCAGGAAGGCAUGGAGGACAGCUACGAGAUGGUGCCGCGUCCAAACGACGAAGUCGAUGUGCCGGCUGCCGCCCUCGCGCCAGCUAUCACCGUCGGGGAAGUCGAGGAGAAGACAAGCUGGGCCGAUGACGCCACCGCGGCUGCCGCCGAGUCAGCUACCACCAGCAACCAAGUCGCUGACGGCUGGGAUCUUAAGCCAGCUGGUCAGACGGAAGAGACGGCAUGGUCGAACGCCGCCACGGCGGACUCUACCGUCUCACAAACCAACGGCUGGACUGACGCUCCAACUGAGAACGGCGCGCCUGCUGAUGACGGCUUCCAGCAGAUUCCGAACCGUCAUCCUCGUGGCCGGGGCAGGGGUCGUGGAGACGGUGAGUUUAGAGGAGGCCGUGGUCGCGGUCGUGGCGGGUUCAGAGGCGAUGGUGAGUACCGUGGUCGAGGCGGACGCGGUAAUGGUUUCCGAGGCGACCGUGGUGGGCGCGGUGAUGGCGAGUUUAGGGGAGGUCGUGGUGGACGUGGCCGGGGUGCGCCGAGGGGUGACGGAGCGCCUGUUCGCUCUUAGGAAGAGUGAGAGGUUGGUUGCUGCGAACCCACGGUGUCUUUCCAACACUCCCAGGAGCGUUCAUGCUCCACGAGGAGUGUUAUGCUUGCUCAAUCAGCGCUAGCGUCCUGCCUGUUGUAUCUUUAGCGCUUUCUGCACACUGUAGCAUUAACCGGAUAGCAUCACCAGGCUGAGCGAACAGGCUCGCCGGGCUAUGUACAAAUAGCGUAGCGCAAAGACAGCC